ACAGGCAGAUUCACAGCUGAGGACGUGAUAUCAUUUAACAUUCUUAUUUUAUAAUCUUUCUCGGUUACAGCCCGCUGGUUGAGAAUCGCUAUAUUAUUAGACCAAAUCCGUCUGUGUUAUUUCUCCAUCUGUUUAAGUUGUUUCCUCUUUCUCUCAGUUUAACUUCUUUUGUUCUGCUCUAAUUUCUCUCUCGACCUCUUGACCUCUCGACCUUCUCUUUCCUCACAAAGGCUAGAAAUGAUCGAGUCAUCAUUAUUGUUCUGAGGCGUGAUGGCGAUGAGAUCAUCUGCUCCUGGUUUCCUAUAAAUGACUGAAACCAUCAAGAUUCGGUCAGUGAUUCAUUCUCUCCGAUAUCACAAAUGAAGAAGUGAAACAGUGUUGUGUUUCUCUCACCUCCCGUGAUCUCUCCAUCGCUGCUCUUAUUCUCAUCAGUUCUGCUGAUAGUGAUGGAGAAGAGAGCAUGUGCUCCUGGUUCUCAGUGGGAUUCUCUGCUCAAGUAUUGCGUCUCCCACAGAUCCCUGGGACUGACGCCAUCAGAGGCUCCUCCGCUGGUGCUGAAGCCGGUGCAGAGCAGCAGAGGUCUGGACGAGUCCUCGUCCUCGUCCUCCAUCAGCCCUAGCGUGUGGAUCUGUGUUGGGCUGCUCGUGAGUGUGUCGGUUCUGGUGCUUCUGCUUUGGUUCAUCAUCUACAGACGCCACACCAGGACCUCACAGAGCACAGCAGGUGAAAAGGACUCUACGCCCCAAACCCCGACAACCACAGAACAGGACGAGGAGACCCUGUCAACUUGGCCGCAUGUCAAUGGCCAGACACAGGAAAUCCCAAUCAAAGAGGGAGCCUGUGGGCGGAGCCUGUGUAAUGGAUGGGCAGAGCAUGGGCUGCCACUUCCUGCCACAGAACUGGGAGACUCCGCCCUCGUCACCACUAAAACCGGACAAUCUGUGUAAGUCUGAAGAGUAAUGUGAACAGCAGAAUUAAUACAGAGGGUAAAUAAUCCAACAUACCAGUUGUACACUUGAUAUGGAUUCAGCUCGUAUUCAUAUUCACUUCAAACGAUAGACCUCAUGAAAUCAAAAAUCCAGUUCCUGUGGCUCUCAGUUCAUGACCAUGUCAGAGAACUUAACAUGGAAGGAGAUGCAGAAAACGAUUCACCAGCAGUGGCAUCCGUCAGUCCUCAGCAAAACAUUUUUUGCUUGUGUAUAUUUUGGGAGAUCUCCAGAACACAGAUGAGAGUCCUAUUUUGAACAUUAAUGUUUACUUGGCUUUGUGAUGAAUUGCUUAUGUUCCACUCGCUUUGGAUAAAAGUGUCUGCUAAUUGCAUGAAAACAGAUUUUUUUUUUUCACUGAUUGUUCAUUAAUGAGCCAAUUUGGUUAAUAAACCAUCUAAAUAAAA